GGCAAGACCCCAGAACAUGGUUCUCUGGAUAGCUGUGUCAUGUAUUCUGUUCUGCUAUGCAUCUGCAACAACAGAACUGUUACAGAACCCAGGUUUCGAAGCAUCAAACCCCACAUCCGGUUGGACAUGUUCUGGAUGCUCAAUGAGUGCGUCUGCUGACCAACAUGGUGGUCAUCAUGCCGUCAAAGUCUCGAGUCGUCAGGCCUACUGGGCUGGAGUGGAGCAGGUCGUUCCAUUGGGCCCGAACACACGGUACCACAUCGUGGCACACAUCAAGCAGCUCAACGACCUGGCGGACAAGAUGUACCAGGAGUACUCCAUAAUGAUGCAGUCCGUCACCGACAAUGGUACCCGGCUGUAUGACACCAUUGCUGUUGACAAGACCAUCUCCACAAAGUCCGGCUGGGCCUCACUAGACAGCUUCUUCUUCUACCCGUAUACAGGUGUUAGAGAAGUCAGGCUGAGGGUGAGGGGUUCAGACGCUGCAAUUAAUUUCCUGGUUGACGACGUAUCUCUCAUGGAAAUACCCGAGAACAAGAACUGGAAGUCGGAGGCGGACAUGAGGAUCGACCAGCUCAGAAAAAGCAACAUCCACUUUAAUGUGAACGUACAGCCUCAUGUAUCUCUAGCUGACUUGGAAAUACAGAUUGACUUGACUCGCCACGCCUGCCCGUUCGGAUCCCAAACCACCUGGCAGACAAUGGCAGAGUAUACGCACUAUAACGAUCUGUUCUACUACAUGUUCAACUGGGCCACCCUGUCCAACUACUACUGGCACAGCUCACCGCCACCAAGGGACAACCCGGACUACAGUAAUGCGACACACGCGCUGAAUGUCCUGCGGCAGCAUGGCAUUCCUGUGCGCGCGCACAAUAUGUUUUGGGCAGUGGAGAAGCAGACUCCAGAGUGGAUCCGAACCCUGUCCCCUGACCAAUUCAAGAAGGCGGUGGAUGACAGGAUAAACUACGCAGUCAGGGACACUAAAGGGAGGGUCCAGCACUGGGAUGUGAUGAACGAGAUGGUCCAAGGUCACUGGUACGAAGAGAAAACCAAGGAUCCUGACUUCACAAAGAAGAUCUUCGCCAAGAUCCACCAAGCAGAUCCGAAUGUCAAACUGUUCCUCAACGAGGACCACGUGGUGUCUUCGGGGGUCGCCACUUCGGCCUAUCUGGCCCUGGCCAAGAGCUUCAAGGCUGCUAAUGUAGGACUGUAUGGAUUGGGCCUAGAAUGUCACUUCAUGUCCUAUAGGCCACCAGAUCCCACUUUAAUGAAGUUGCGUUUGGACCAACUGGGAGCUGUGGGUCUUCCUCUCUGGACCACCGAGAUGGAUAUUGUGGUCCAUGACGAGAACACCCGUGCCGACUGGUACGACACCGCACUGCGCAUGUUGUUCAGUCACAAGGCCGUCGAGGGCAUCAUUUUCUGGGGCUUCUGGAGUGUCAUCCACUGGAAGGGACCGGAUGCUGCUUUAGUCAGCGGCAACAGCUACCACAUAAAUGCAGCUGGGAAACGAUACCUGAACCUGAUACACCAUGAGUGGAGUACCCACGUGAUUCACAGACUGACUUCAGGGACACAGUUCGAUAUCAGAGGGUUCCAUGGAGACUACGAUGUCAUUGUUAAGUAUCAUGGAACACCAGUAAAAAAGCAGACAUUCGUUCUUGGUAAAACAGACACAAGCGUUACAGUUGACAUCACUGACGUUACAGGCGCUGUCCACAUAGCAACAACUGCGUCCCCCGUGGAUUACCAGCGGCCAUCACCCCAACAUCACGUGGUUCAAAUAGGAGAACAUAGUAUCGGUCACGUGACAUCCAGUUCCUCCAGUCACCUGUCGUGUAUCACCAGAUUCUCCGGACUGUCGGAGGUAGCAGACGACAAGUAUGCUGAGGUCACGUGUCCGACUGGCUAUGUCCUCACGGGAUGCUCCGGUCGAAGCAAGGAUCAGCGCAGUAAUCGAGAUGGAGAGGAGAUUGUUAUGCACUCCGUUGCAGCCUGCAGGAGCGUUAAUGGCGCUUCAACAAGUGCAUCCGUCCAGGCCGUUGCUCGCUGUUGCAAGCUGGCGGGUCUCACAUGCGACUACAGAAUGUCAGGCCCUUCAGAUCAAGUUCUGGAUCAGAGGAUAGAAACUAGGUGUCUCAACAACAUGUACGCUACAGGAUGCACGAGCCACACUGCCUACAAGUACACUGACGGCUCCCUCCCCGAUGCAAGCCUUCACUCAUGCCUUGCCCAGAACCAACACUCUGAAGGACGAAUCUACUCUUAUGCCGCCUGCUGUUCCGCGCCCCACAUGACCUGCAAGGUGAACAAGUCUACUCCGACUGGGGACGCCAUGGGGGACGAAACAUCCGUGUCAUGUGACCACGGCUGGACUCUUCUCGGAUGUACCUCUUACUCAGAGGACGCGGGUCUGGCAGGAGCGUACAUUGGAGGUCACGACCAAUGUAUCGCUGUGAAUGGCCAGGAGAGGCUGUACGGGGACUACCAAGUGAUAGCAUACGCCACGUGCUGCCGGACACAAUGAAAAGCUGUACAUCGUCAACAAUAAACCCGCUAACACCAC